AUGCUUCCCGCUACUUUGGUUACUAACAUCAAAACAUGUGUACCUAUUGAACUUGAUGAAGAUGGUACCAAUUUUAAUACUUGGGUCACUCUCUUUAAACUUCAUUGUCGGGCAUAUCUUGUGGAUGCUCAUAUUGUUCCCGACGACUUCUCUAAAACAUCGAUUAUAAAAGAUUCCGAUUGUCUGGCUCUUCUCCCAUCCAUUGUUCCUUCCGAUGAUUGUGCUCUUGAUGCUUGGAAUCGUGUUGAGAAUAAUUUUCAAAAUAAUAAGACAUCUCAUAUACUUCAUCUUGAAUCUCAAUUUAAUGAAAUCUCUCUUUCUAAUUUCAAGUCUUAUUGUAAUGAACCACAAAAUCUUGCUCUCACCCUUAAUAACCUUGGCACAAGCAUCUCUGAUAAUCGUUUGGCUCUUCCAGUUCUUCAUUGCUUAUAUUUCGAUUAUCGUACUUUUCGCUCUUUGGUUCAACAUACGUCUCCGGUUCCCUCUUUUGAUACUCUUCGCUCCAUGUUAGAAUUAGAAGAGCACUCGAACAAUAAAGAAGUUUCAUCUUCUCAUGACUCGGCUCUUGUGGUUACUCCUAAACCAUCACCUUUGGAAAAUUCUAAAAAUUAUGAUUCUCAUGGUCCCUCUAAUCCCCGUGGUUUCGACCGCAACCACCGCCGUGGUGGCCGAAAUAGCUGCUGCUACCACCACAGCCCAUCUCAUCAAAGUGGGUAUACAAGCCCACGACACCGAAGCCCAUAG